UCCACCACGAACCACAAACAAGUCUCACUCAAUCAGGAUGAUGCACAUGUGGAUUUUUUUGAUUUUUCUUGAUCAAGGAGAUUCACUGUUUUCAGUGACCACAGGUCAGCUAGGUGAACCUGUGACCUUUACUUGUUGGCUUUCUAAUUCGGACUACAGUAACACUCGAGUAAAGUGGUACAAACAGAGUAAUGGAGAUACUCUAAGACUGAUAACAACCCUGAUGAAGGCAACGACCCACCCAUUAUUUGAGCCAGGGUUUUCUCCCUCACGGUUUGCUGCAAACUAUACCACAUCCACGAGCACGUUGACUAUCCUCAAACUUUUUAAAGAAGAUGAAGCUCUGUAUCACUGUGCAGUUUCUACCUGGAAUACAGAUGAGUGGUCCGGGACUUAUUUGUCUUUGAAAGACGUAAAUACAAGAUCAUUAAACUACAGUGUUGUUCAGUGGCCAACAGUAUCUGCCCCACUUCAGCCUGGAGGCUCUGUUACCCUCCAGUGUUCAGUCCUACCUCGUUCCCAGACUGGAUCCUGUUCAAGUGAACGCAGGGUGUCCUGGUUUGGAGUCAGAAAAGACACUUUCCUCGGAAGCAUCAUCUACACAGAUCAAAAUGCAUCUUACAGCUGUGACAAGAACCCUGACGCAUCAUCAAAUUCAAAAAGUUGUGUUUAUUACUUCUCAAAGAACGUCAGCUCUGAUGAUAGUGGGACUUACUACUGUGCACUGGCCGUGUGUGGGGAGAUUAUAUUUGGAAAUGGAACCAAACUUGAAAUUGAAGUCAAAGAUGGCUGCAGAUGGCCAAAUCAUGGGCUGCUUCUGACGUGUUCUCUUGUGGCUGUAAGUGGGCUUGCCAUUGUUAUUACCAUCAUCAGGACAAAAGGGGAUUUCUGGAACGUUGAUAAUUGUCCACAAGGAAAGGUUGAAAAGCAGAAACUAAAGAAAGAAGAGGACACACUGAUUUACUCUACUGUCGUCUUUAGUAUAAUAAAAAAUACAAGUCAAGAAGGAAAAGAUGCAAAAGCAGUAAAGAGGGAGAAGAUCUAUGGUGCUCUAAAACCAUUCGGAGUGGAAUAACAAGUCAAUGCCUGAAGCUCUUUUAAAUCACCAUGAACCACAACCAGGAGGCCCAAUACAGCCCUACUAUCUCUCGUGACCACUAAUACCACUAACUUUCAGUGCUGACUUUUGUAUGUUUGUUUUUUAAAAAUAUUUUUCUGGCAGUAGUGGCCUUUAUUUCACAGUAAUUUGACAGAACAGGGGAAAGGACGACGACCGCAUCAAUGUCUGCAGCCUCUGAAUGUGGGGAGCCCAAUAUAGCAAUAGCGCCACGUAAUGAAAUUUUAAAUCAAAACACUUAAAUACACAUUGUACUAGUCUGAUCAAAAUACUGAUUUGUGAGCAGAGUUAGUUUUUGAAAUCAAGGCAGUCUCAAACUGAAUAUUUUAAAAGAUCCGUUCUUAUAAAACUGAUGGAGGAGGAUGUGCCAAGUGUGAAAGUAGCAAGUAAAUGUAUCAUAUUAUAGCUCUGUUUCCUGUUUUGUCUUCCUGUUUUUUUUCUUCUUCAGAUUUAGUAAAGUGAAACCAUAAAGAAGAAAGCUUCUGCUCCAUGUGUGUCAUUAAAGUGUUAAAAUAAAAUGUUAUCAAAGUU